AAACAUAAAACCUUUUUUUUCUUAUAAAAUUUUUUUAAAAAAAAAUUACGAUUUAAAAUGGGAUCAAAUGAUGAAAGAAUUAUUUUAAAUGUUGGAGGAAUUAAGUACGAGACUAAUAGAUCGACGCUUACUAAAUAUCCUGAAACAUAUCUUGGAACAAUAUUUGGCGAAAAUUUUAAACGACAAAAAAAAGAUAAUGAAUAUUUCUUUGAUCGUAAUGGGUAUGCAUUUCGGUAUAUAUUAGAGUAUCAUCGUACAGGACAAAUUUUAUGGGCACCUUCAAAUGAUUCGGGACUUUGUAAUGGAGUUAGUCUUAAAGAAAUGGUUUUAGAAUUUGAAUUCUUUAAAAUUCCAAAUGAAUUGAAUGAAGAUCAUGAUGAUAAAGAAUAUGAUUUAAAUGAAAUUAGAGAUUUAUUUAAAGAACUAUCAGUCACAUCUUUUCCUUCCAAGACAUUAAAUGAUUCAAAAAACGAAUCAUUAUCAAUUAAUAAUCCUCCUAGUACAAUUGGUGAUGACCGUAGAAAUCUUGUCACAACUGGUACUCAAUCUCAUUACCCUAAUACUCAAUAUCCUCAACAUUCUAAUACUUCUCAACAUUCUAAUAUUUCUCAAAAUUCUCAAUAUCAUAACCCCGUCUCUCAAACUUAUUCAUCUACACCGAAUAUCAACAAUACUAAUAAUAAUGUUGAAAUGGGUAGAUUA